AAAAAUGAAUUUUUUCUAGGGUAACCAGUUAUCGCCCUUUAUAAAUCAAAAAGUAGUUAAAAAGGCUACAGUCCUUAUGCAGACAAAUCAAAUAAAGAAGAGUCAUGUUGAUGCAAAGCCAAUAAGAUUCUUAUAAUGGGAUGAUGAUGCUAAAUAAAUCAAAUUAUGUUUGGACCUUAAGAAAUAUGUAUGCUAUACCAUUUUUCUUUUAGAACUCACUCUUUAGGACUGGACCUGCUUCUUUCAUUGUUUAUAUAACUACACGUUCGGAAAUAAAUUAAAUAUCUAAGUUGAAUUUGGAUAAAAACCUACCUCUAAUAGAUACGACAUUGCAAAAAGGCAUCUAUAUUUGGAAUCAUGUUAUAUACAAUGAACACAAGAAUAUCUAAUUAUAUCAGCUGUUGUGCGUAUUAAGUGAACAGUUUAAGGAAAAAUAGUUGAGAAGACAAAGCCUGAACAUGGUUGAAAAUAGUAGCGUAUUCAUUCAUGCAGAUACAGUGCUGAUGACAGUGGCCUCUAUUUUGGCUAGUGAAAUAGUGUUUCUUAUAAACAAUAACGAUGAUGAGAUUUUAGAAAAUUUUCAUUAGAUUACAAAAAAUGAUUAACAACCCUAUUAUAAGUUACAAGUCCUUAAUUUUGUUGAAGGUUAGGGCACCAGCAUUGACCAAUUUAAAUGGUAUUAGGUAUAUGACAAUAUUAAAAUAACUUUCAUUGAAGAAACUCAUUAUCUCAAUUCUUCAAACUCAUCCUUUAUUGACAAUCCAGCUGACACUAUAAAUAAUUGGGCCUUAGAACUUGAGAUGUCAUUGGAGAAGAAGACUUAUCAAUGUUAUGAAAUCGAUUUUUUAACUUUUUUUUCUAUAGCUGAGAUAAUCACCAAAAGUUCGAUAUCAGAGUUGGAAAGGAACAAUGUGAAAGAAAAUAUGUAUUUAAUAUCAUAUAUAAUUUAAGUUUCUUAAAAGCCAUUCAAAAAUAAAUUAAAUAUGAAAAAGACUAUAUUGAAAGCACUUAUUGUAAGGAAAUAAGGGAGUUUUGCUCAAUCUCAGAAGAAGUCACAGUAGAUUCUUUAACCUACAAAUUGAAUUAAAUGAGGGAGUAAGCCAUGUCUAUGUAUUUUAUUCAAUUGGGUUAAUUUUAUGAUAAUCCAGAAUUUGAGAAAUGCUUACAAGUUAUUUAAUAGAGGAUUGAUUAAUUGGAAUUAGAAUGCAUCAGGUACAAUUUUGAGUUGAUGGAUAUGUAUUUUAAUUUGAAUUAUUUAGAUCUCUUUAGUGAAUUAAGCUAAUAAUUUGACAAAAUCGAAAAAAAAUAUAAGGACACCUUUCCUGAUUCUUAUGCUUAGUUUUUGAAUGAGAUUCUUAAGUUUCGAGAAUUUAGGGGAUUAAAAUACCAAAAUUUCAAAUCUCACUUAUAAAGCAGCUAUAAGUCCAAGUUGUACUCCUAUGUCACAGAGUUUGAUAAGGAAUAGAAAUUGCUCUAUGAGAAACGCAUGCAAACUUAGAAUGAGAAGCAAUACUAAUUCCUGAAGAAGAGAGACAAGGAAGUAAUGAGAGGACUUGAAAUUCUCUAAAACUAUACAGAUUUAAUGAGGGAUGAAAUUGGAACCCUCAAAAGUCUUAUUGAUGUAAUUCAUUUUGAUGUAUAGAUUAGUUCAAUAAUCAAAUAAAUGUUGUUGUGAAACACAAACAAGAAAUUAGAAAGUUGGAUGAUGAAAUUAGAUAAUUAUAAUUAUAAGCCGAUAAAAUUUAGAUAAAAAAAAGCAAUCGUGAAUUUUGA